AUCCCCGUCCGGCGCGCUGCCCGGCGGCGAGGACGGCGCGUGGAGCUGCGCAGGCCCCGCAGACGGUGCAGUGCACUUGUGAUACCGUUUGAAAGUAAACGUGAAACUUGAGUUUGAAUGAAAAAUGUCUUCCAACCCACCUAUAUUUCUCAAAGAAAAUGAACAAAGCAAUUCAAAAUAUGUGGAAAUGCAGCCGUCACAAACUACUUCCGUACUUUUAGAAGAUCCCCUUCAAAAUCUUUGCUUAGCAUCACAAGAAGUUCUUCAAAAAGCUCAGCAAAGUGGGAGAUCCAGGUGUCUCAAAUGUGGUGGUUCAAGAAUGUUCUACUGCUAUACCUGUUAUGUCCCUGUUGAAAAUGUACCUGUUGAACAGCUUCCACUUGUACAGCUUCCAUUGAAGAUUGAUAUCAUUAAGCACCCAAAUGAAACAGAUGGAAAAAGUACUGCUAUACAUGCAAAACUUUUAGCUCCUGAAUUUGUAAAUAUUUAUACGUAUCCCUGUAUUCCGGAAUACGAAGAAACGGACCACGAAGUUGCCCUUGUUUUCCCCGGACCUAAGUCUGUCUCAAUCAAAGAUAUUUCUUCUCAUCUGCAACAAAGGAUUCAAAAUAGCCGUAGAGACAAACAUGCUGACCCUGACAAGCCGCCUGUUAAACGCAAGAAAACGGAAGGACAGGAUGGCCGUUCUUUGAAUGACAGCAAGUGGAAAGGCACAACGUUGAAAAAAAUUGUAUUGAUAGAUAGUACCUGGAACCAAACAAACAAAAUAGUCAGCGAUGAGCGACUUCAAGGGUUGUUACAAGUUGAGUUGAAAUCAAGAAAAACUUGCUUUUGGCGUCAUCAAAAAGGAAAACCAGAGACCUUCCUUUCCACCAUCGAAGCCAUUUACUAUUUUCUCGUAGAUUACCACACCGAUCUCUUAGAAGAGAAAUACAGAGGACAAUAUGAUAAUCUAUUAUUCUUCUAUUCUUUCAUGUACCAGUUGAUAAAGAAGGCCAAGUGUUCUGGGGACAAGCAAACCAGAAAACUUCUCCAUUAAUUUUUUAAAAGACUCUCCUCAUUUUAUUUUUCUAAAGUUUAUCAAUGUAUAAUUGUGCUUUGCUUAUUUUUAGCAGUGAUCGUGUCUCAUAUCUGCAAGACCCCUUAGAAAAAAUCCUAGUUUCAUUCAUUUUAGUUCAUAUUCUUUAAAAAGGAGUCCUAAGGCCAUUUUUUCAGAGCUAGCUUUGACUGUAAAACUAACUCAGAAAAAAAUCCUAGUUUCAUUCAUUUUAUUUCAUAUUCUUCAAAAAGGAGUCCUAAGGCCAUUUUAUCAGAGCUAGCCUUGACUGUAAAACUAACUCCAGAAUUAUAUGCUCAAAUUCACAAUAUCAUGCUUUCAUUACUAUAAUUUAUGUCCAUGUAAUCCUCUACAUUUGUUGGGGAGAUCUUCCUAUCUUUCACCACUUUUGAAAAAAGAUGGGAUCAGAAUUUUCUUGCUGAAAAAAAAAUGUUUUUUUCUUUUUCAAGUGAGUGGAAAAUAGGGGCACAACUAGAACUGCAGCUCCCAGCCCUAGGAUUAUUUUUGUAAAAUACAUACUAUCUGUGAAAGACAUGGGCUGGUUUUCACUUCUGUUUGACUGUGCAAAGGGGAAGGACUUGCUAUCAAUCAUGUGGUCCUGCCAAGAGAUGGAUAUCUGAUCUGAUUUAGCAAGCUAAAUGUUUCCCUCCACUAAACACAGUGAUUGAUCCAGAGCAGAGCACCUGGCCCGACAGCACCCUCCUUUUGGAUCAUUGACAUGGAUGCUCUAAGCAAUAAAAGGCAGCUAUGGUGUUUGUGAGCACAGACUCUUGAGCUAGACUACCUGUGUCUAAAUUCCACCUUGGCCUUGUCCACUCUAUCAGCUAAAUGACAAUGCCUUCAUAGUAUCUGAAGAGUGGGUAGUACAAGGGCUACCCCAUAGGAGUAUUAUUAGGAUGAACAGAGUUGAUAUAUCCUAAAGCCCGGCCACAACAUUUGGCAUGUCGUAAGUGCUAUACAAGGUUAGCCCCAAAGCAUAGUUACUAGGGCUCCAGUUCACACAUGCCUGGGCUUACUCCAAAGAAAAUGUCUCUGGAAAUACCGAAUGACUGCGCACGCUCUCUCAAUAAUGCGCUUGUCUUCAUCUCACUAAGGCGCCUUCCUUCCAGAAGCAACCCAGUCAAAACAAAGGCUCCCUAGGACAUCUGCUAGCGCAGUGAGAUUCAAGGGAGAGAGGUCAGAUCAGAAGGUUCAGGCCACUUUGGGGGGAUUCCCAGGGAGCCCUGGUGUUGUAGUAGAUCAGCAGUUCAAACUCACCAGCUGUUCCACAGGAGAAAGGUGAGGCUUUCUGUACCUGUAAAGAUUCACAGCCUUGGGAACCCCAAAGGGCAGCUCUCCCCUAUCCUGUAUGGUUAGAAGAAUGAGUCAGAAUUGAGUCAGUGGCAGAAAGUGAAGAGGUCAUGAUAAUUUUUUUUUUAAGGACACAGCAAAAUCAUGGUAGUGGCUAUGAAGAAAUUUUAAGAAAAUUGUAAAUUACACGGAUGAGAAAAAGGCCAGGGAAGUGGUGCUAAGGAUAUCUUCCAUUCUUCCACAGGGCGGCAAGGUCUGGCCUAUCAGGAUUUCAUUGGGAAAACUCACCACACCCAACCUAUAGACUGGAUCUUGCCCCUUCAAACUUCUCUUCCCCAAACUCACCAUUGAAAGAGAAUUUUAAUCGCCCAGGAAGCCCAAACUACAUUUGGAUGGGAUGUACACGGAAGAGCUCAGAGCUCUCUAGGGGAGGGGUUAGGGAGCUGAAAGCCCCCAUCCGUCAGACGUAUAUAGACUUAGAUGGAGGAUAUGCGGAGAAACAAUGGUUUUCCAUGUUGAUAUCUUUGUUUACUACAAUUUCCUCUGUUUUGUAACAUUUUUGACAUUCUUAUAUAUGCACCUUUUAUGUUUUUAUUUGCAAUUGUCAACUAAGGAUGAGAAAAUGCUACAGUUGCUCAUUAGCAAUCUUGCUGCCAGGUGAUGAGAGCCUGUUAGAGUUUGGCCAGCAAAGGAUAGAAAGCGUCAAGUGGUAUAGAUAGGACUAACCUUACCACAUCGUUUAAUCACCUCGAUCUUGCUGCACACAACUGGAGGCCUGUGCUGGUUAGCUCUGUUCACCCCUCUUGUUAAAACCCUCCACUCUUCCCUUCUGCUCUUGUUUUUUCUGUUCUGUGAGUUGGGGCGCUGUGAUCACUGACUCCUGGUUGGAAUUAAGAAUUGGGAAGAACCAGCAAGAGAUGGGAUUGAUGGAAAAACGAAAUCGUGGCAUUUCUUUUUCUGACUCCUUCCAGGUCACCAGGGGCUGAUUGUGUCCCUCUGUUGUCCAUCCUGUCAGGCAUCGGCUUCCAAACAGUUAACCCAUUUAUUCUGUCUGGGUUCAGGUCCCUGCAGGCAUCUCUGUCCAAGCAGUUAUCCCAAUUGCUAGUCCUUGCACCCUCCUUUCACCUGCUUUGACUUCGCUAAGAGAAUGAUACCCAGCUGGAAGAGCCCCUAGGGACUUUAGUGCCUUUCUUGGUUUCCUUGAAUAUGACCCACACCUUUGAAAAUAGUUUACUACGCUUUUCUUAAAUGUUCUGACUGGAAGUGCGUUCUUUCUGGGACCCGAACUGCUAAACUUAGCCCAUUUCAUGCUAGAAACGACAGUGCAUUUUUCAAAAUAUAUACACUGGGCCACAUGAGAAAAUGAGUUUUCAUUACAUGUUGGAUUCUCUUGGUGAUUCAAAAGCGAUAGCAUUAUCAAGAUUCUGAAAAGUCUUGAAAUAAGAAUUUAGAACCUUAAACUAGUAUUUCUUGAACUUACUUGGAUAUGUAACAACUAAUAAAUGCCUAUGGAAAAAUGCA